AGAGAGAUGGGCCCCUUCCUCUGAUGUUUUGCUUCUGUACUUCUUUGGAAACAACAGGACAGAUAAUGGGUGAGAAGUUGGAAACAAAUAAGAAGGCUUAUACAACAAAUUGGCACCAUACAACAAAUGUGGCUUUGUUGGAGGUCUCUCUAAGUUGCUGUCUAAGAAGAUGAUAAACAAACAAAUGUGGCAUUUCUAUGUGACCAGAAUUGGAGUUCUUUUCCUGAUUUGUUUUCUCCCUGAAACCACUGGCCAAGGGGAAACAAGACGACAAGAACCUGGAGACUUUGUGAAGCAUGAUAUUGGAGGACUCUCUCCCAAGCAUGCUCCAGAUAUUCCUGACGACAGCACUGAUAACAUCACUAUUUUCACCAGAAUCUUGGAUCGACUUCUGGAUGGCUAUGAUAACCGGCUGCGACCUGGGCUUGGAGAUGCAGUGACUGAAGUGAAGACAGAUAUCUAUGUGACCAGUUUUGGCCCUGUGUCAGACACUGACAUGGAAUAUACUAUUGAUGUAUUUUUUAGACAGACAUGGCAUGAUGAAAGACUGAAAUUUGAUGGACCUAUGAAGAUUCUUCCACUGAACAACCUUCUGGCUAGUAAGAUAUGGACUCCGGACACCUUCUUCCACAAUGGCAAGAAAUCAGUGGCUCACAAUAUGACCACACCCAACAAGCUGCUCAGACUGGUAGACAAUGGUACCCUCCUCUAUACAAUGAGGUUAACAAUACAUGCUGAAUGUCCUAUGCAUUUGGAAGAUUUCCCCAUGGAUGUGCAUGCCUGCCCACUGAAGUUUGGAAGCUAUGCCUAUACCAAAGCUGAAGUGAUUUAUUCUUGGACUCUUGGGAAGAACAAGUCUGUGGAAGUAGCACAGGAUGGCUCUCGCCUGAAUCAGUAUGACUUGCUUGGCCAUGUUGUUGGGACAGAGAUAAUCCGGUCUAGUACAGGAGAAUACGUCGUCAUGACAACUCACUUUCAUCUGAAGAGAAAAAUUGGCUACUUUGUCAUCCAGACCUACUUGCCAUGUAUCAUGACUGUCAUUUUGUCACAAGUGUCUUUCUGGCUUAAUAGAGAAUCUGUCCCUGCCCGCACAGUCUUUGGUGUCACCACUGUUCUCACUAUGACCACCUUGAGUAUCAGUGCCAGAAACUCUUUACCUAAAGUGGCAUAUGCGACGGCCAUGGACUGGUUCAUAGCCGUCUGUUAUGCCUUUGUGUUUUCUGCACUGAUUGAAUUUGCUACUGUCAACUACUUCACCAAGCGGAGUUGGGCUUGGGAAGGCAAGAAGGUACCAGAAGCCCUGGAGACGAAGAAGAAAACACCAGCAGCCCCGACAAAGAAAACAAGCACCACUUUCAACAUCGUGGGAACCACCUAUCCUAUGAACCUGACCAAGGAUGCUGAGUUCCCCACCAUCUCCAAGGGUGCUGCUGCAAGUGCUUGUUCAACUCCAACAGUCAUUGCUUCGCCCAAGGCCACUUAUGUGCAGGAUAGCCCUGCUGAGACCAAGACCUACAACAGUGUCAGCAAGGUUGACAAAAUUUCCCGCAUCAUCUUUCCUGUGCUCUUUGCCAUAUUCAAUCUUGUCUAUUGGGCCACAUAUGUGAACCGGGAAUCAGCUAUCAAGGGCAUGAUCCGCAAACAGUAGAUAAUAGUGGUGGCACAGCAACCAGAGCACUGUAUACCCCAUGAAGCAUCCAAACACCCAAAACCUAGGGCUCCCUUCAUGUGUUUCAUGAUUCUUCUUUUUAACCCUGUUCCAAGCUGAGUGUAAUUGCUUUCUCAGUUCAUAUUAUGAGCCUCAAUGAAAAUGUAACAACAGAAAAAUGACUUGUCCCUUGAACAUUGCUUGAAUUGAGCCAAACACUGCCAUUUGUCCAGUUGCUCAUUUUAGUAUGCCAGUUUUCCCCAGCUGAGGGCACUGCAUGUGUUUAAUUUUACUCUGCCCAACAAUAAAGGAACAGGAGAUUCUUACUUCUUCUAGUGGAAAUCUUGGCUUUGUGAGGUCCAAGGUUUUGAGAUCCUGGAACAUAUUAACUGGGCUGCAUAGGAUGAUUCUGACUCACUAUGGUGUUAGGCCCAAAUAUCUCAUUUAAUUUUAUCAAUCUGGCCCCUUUUAUGCCCCCAGCAGGGCCUACUAGACAUAUGAACUGGUAGAAUGGGAAGAAAGAAUCCUAUCAAACUUCUGAUAUGACCCCUAAAUUAGUGAUUAGUGGAGACAAUUGAGGAUCACCUCUGUCAAACAUGUAUAAUAAAAAAAGAGAACUAGUUGGAUCAUUCAAGCAUUAAAAGUGGGCUCUACUCCAGUUCCAACCAGUCCUUCAGGAAAGUAACACCUUAAUAUAAGUCUCCUUCAGGAAUGUUCCCUUGCCUCAGUAAUACCGAGCUCAUUAUAGUCAGCGGAGUAUUGCUUACUUUGGAUCAAUGACUGCCUGAAAACUCUUCUGGAAAAAAAGAAUAGACACUUUGAAGUUAAAUUAAAAAUGUACACAUACACACAAGAUGAUCAAGAUUGAAUGCCUAUAUAAAAAUUGGUCAAAGAUGGGGAACCUAAGAAACUCAAGUCCUUGCCAAGGCAAUUAGUCAAACAAUAGAUGGAAUGCGAUGGCUGGUAGUGGUUGAACAUGGAAAUCUGCCUCAAAAGAAAUGACCACAAGCAGGGGAAAGCCAAACUCUUACUUUUGUAUUGUACAUAUCAAGCUCCUCUUCCAGACACAGGUACUCUGCUUCCAUUAUGUCCAGGACUUCUUACCUACUUUGGAUGCCAAUUGCAAUGAGGGGUGAAUUGCAGAUUCACACAAAUAUCUCUACUUAUUUUGAGUCAGUUAAAUCAUUAACUUUAUUACCAAUUUUAUAAUGUAUUAGAGGCCAUUUGAUCUCAUUUUGUUCUUAAACAUAAGCAAAAAGGACAGAAAUAAACACAAUUUUUAUAAGGUAGUCCCAGAAGUUUGAAUAAUUUGCCUGGACUUCUUAUAAAUGUCUUUAAUAAAUAAAUAUCCUACACCCAUUCCCAAAGGCCAAAAUGAAGGAAUAACUGAGAAGCCAGGUUCAUUCUUACCUUAGAAUGAGCACAGUUACAGUAAGCCCUCUGGGUCAUGAAGACAGUUUGACAUUAUAAGGUCUUCAGGAAGGUAACAAUGCAUUACCCAAGAAGAUGACUUCUAGAAGUAAUGACUUGAAAGAAUGAGACUGUUUAAUACAACAGCCCCAGCUAAUUUGAAUCUGAAUAGCUCAACUAGUCCACAGUAUCCAGAAGGUCCAAGGUAAAGCCACAAGUAGAAUCUCCGCACCCACUGAACAAAGCUCCUAAGGGGUGUAUCAUUAGCUGCUGGUUGCCUUUUCAGCCAUAUUUCCCUUAUCCCCUGCUUCCUCGCCAUUGCUGGGAUGAUGCAUGCCAGUCCCAUUAUGCUUAAGACUGUGUCUGUAGGUACAUUUGUGACUAGAAGAGUAUUGUCUUGUGGAUGUGUAGGGAUGGGAGGUGGGUGGGGGGCUGUUAAUAAUUGUCUUAAGGAAUUUAGAAUGGAAGCUUGAC